AUGGAUCCACCUAAUGUACCUCCCUCUCCUCAGGCCCCGCCGGACCUUUCGCCGCCCUCCGGAAGCCUUUCGUUCCGCGCUGACAACCUCGUCACGUUAGAAAUGGUUCAGGCUGUAACCAUAAACCGUGAAAAGUUGUCUGAAUGGCAUCACAAAAUCCGCUCGAGGUUGUUUCCACUUGUCACUGGUUUCUUUGUGCGGUGCCGCGUGGAGGAUUCAACGGAUGGCAGAGCUUUAUAUAAAGUGGGACGCAUUAAAACUCUUAAAACAGAUUGGUCUGUAGAGCUUGAUUUGCUAACAACAGAUGAGAUUCUUUCGGGACGUAGCAAUACAAACUACGACUGCAUCAGCAACGCAAAACUGACUGCAGGAGAGUUUAGCGCUUUUAUAUCGAAGGUACCACCAGAGUUGCUGUCUAAUAUUUCUAACACAGUGCAUAAAAUGGAGGAGCGGCUGCGCAUGAUGGAGACCAUCAUCUUAACGGAGCCGGCUUUCCACGGCAGACGCCGUGACGACCGGAGGCAACAGGAAGCACAACCCGCUCAGGCUGUCACGGGCCUACCUGAUAAAUAUGUCUUCUCACAAAAUGUGCUUUUGUGUGAUGAUGAGUUUUCAACCUUUCCAAUGACUGUUACAAUUGUUGAUUUGCUACAGAAUGCGGUCGGUCAAAAGGGAAUGACGGAACCUGACACCCCGCGGGCAGGGAUUUCCGCGAUAACCGGACCGAAGUCUCGCGCGUUUGAUGAGGCGGUAGCGAGUCAUAGCACGAUGCUGCAGCUUCAGGAUGUACGGAAUUACAUAAAUUCGCCAACACAACCACCAGUGGAUGCGGCCCGACUUAUCGAGAUGAUACGGCGCUCAUCCAAUGCGCAAAACACUUCAUUUUCCUACGAUAAUCUCACGGAGUUCUGCAAACUUGUUAUUUCCGUUUGUAGCCAAUGUCGCGAGGUGGUGGCGAAGGAACCUUUAUUCAUCCGUCUCAAGUCGCCCGUAACAGUGUUCGGUGACAUCCAUGGCAACUUCGCUGAUAUGGCCUAUUUCUUGGAUAAAGUGGUGGCUUUUGAUGAUAUUAUGCUCAAGUAUACCACUUCGCAUCUUUUGUUCCUUGGCGACUAUGUAGAUCGUGGUGCCUUCUCGGUUGAGUGUGUCAUGUACCUCUUUGCACUCAAAGUUAUUAGCCCAUCUAAGGUUACUCUACUGCGUGGUAACCAUGAAUCCCCUGAGGUAAAUGGUGAUAUGGAUGUGUAUGGUUACAGCUCAUUCAAAUAUCAAUGCCUCGACAAGUUUGGAAGGGAUCGUGGUAUUGAUGUGUGGGUUGCAGUGAAUGAGGUAUUUCAGUUCCUCCCCGUUAUAGCUGAUAUUGAUAAGAAGAUAUUCUGCGUUCACGGCGGCUUGCCGCAGUAUUCCGGGGGUGAGGACAAACGACUUGAGAUUCUUUCUGAUCCUUCUUUCCCUCGUAUUCCGGUGGUUCAAUGUACUGAUCCCACAAAUGUGGCACAGCGUAUGAUGGUGAAUGACUUGUUGUGGUCCGAUCCCGCACCGCCAAACCAUCAACUUGAUAAAUAUGGCUUCGGGCCAAACCCACGCGGACCUGAUAUCAAAACCUUCGGUUCUCGUGCAGUUGAUAUGUUUUGUGAGCGCUACAACUACCAAUACAUAUUUCGUGCGCAUCAAGAAAAGGCGGAUGGUGUUCGGCUGUCAGAUAAUGCUCGCGUUGUGACGAUAUUUUCCACGUCUGACUAUGCCGGCCACCAGAAUGGUGCAGGUUGUAUAUUAGUGGCCAAUGGUAAAAUGCGCAUGGCGAUUAAAAAGCCCCACCGGCACGAGAUGAAGGAAACGAAAGGACCGGUAUCACCUCGCACGCUGUCGAAAAGCGUUCCAGGUAUGAUACCGCGUCUUAAGCGCAUUUAA